GGGGAGGGGGGAGGGGAGGCCGGAUGUGAGUGGAGCGGCCAUUUCCUGUUUCUCUGCAGUUUUCCUCAGCUUUGGGUGGUGGCUGCUGCUGUGCUUCGCCUUCCAGUCCGCCUAGUGCCUGGCAGCGUGGACAGCGGUCCCGGCACUCCGCACCCUGCCGCCCGCCGCCUAGCGCCCGUCCUCCCGGCGUUUCCCGAGCCCUCCGCUUCCCGCCUCAGAGACCGGCCGCCGCCGCUGCGGCCCACGGAGCGGCCCAGAUGCAGGCCAUCAAGUGUGUGGUGGUGGGAGACGGAGCUGUAGGUAAAACGUGCCUGCUCAUCAGCUACACAACCAAUGCGUUCCCUGGAGAAUACAUCCCCACUGUUUUCGACAACUAUUCUGCCAAUGUUAUGGUAGAUGGAAAACCAGUGAAUCUGGGCUUAUGGGAUACAGCUGGACAAGAAGAUUAUGACAGAUUGCGCCCCCUCUCCUAUCCGCAAACAUGGUAUCCAGAAGUGCGGCACCACUGUCCCAACACUCCCAUCAUCCUUGUGGGGACGAAGCUUGAUCUCAGGGAUGACAAAGACACAAUCGAGAAGCUGAAGGAGAAGAAGCUAACUCCUAUCACCUACCCGCAGGGGCUAGCCAUGGCCAAGGAGAUUGGUGCUGUAAAAUACCUGGAGUGCUCAGCACUCACACAGCGAGGCCUCAAGACAGUGUUUGAUGAAGCCAUCCGAGCAGUCCUCUGUCCACCUCCUGUCAAGAAGAGGAAGAGAAAAUGCCUGCUGUUGUAAAUGUCUGAGCCCUCAUCUUGGUCCUGUCCCCGGAACCUUUGUAUGCUUUGCUCAAAAACAGUGGAGCCUUCGCAUUCAAUGCCAAGUUUUUGUUACAGAUUAAUUUUUCCAUAAAACCAUUUUAAACCAAUGAACCAAUCGAUAAUUUUAAGGUUUUGUUUUAAGAGUUCAAACUUACAUUCUAUUAAAAUUUAGCCCUAAAAUGACAAGCCUUCUUAAAGCCUUAUUUUUCAAAAUCCCCUAUUCUUGCUCAGAUUAAGAGUUGCCAAAAUACUUUGUGAACUAAGUUUCAUUGUGCUGAGAUACUCCAGCACUAAACUGCUGAAAGACUCUUGUCUUUAAGAAGACUGCAGCUUCUGGAGUGCGGGUGCAGACCCUUCCCAAGUAGUUCUCAGAGCGCCUGAAGCAGCACAGCCUCCUUAAUGACACAUUGCCAUGUAACUUAUCAGCCCAUGUUCAUUACAUAACUUUGUACUGUACAUCACAAUGGAAUGAGUGUAACAGCUCAGUUCUCUGGAUCAGUCUCUUUGAUUUCUUAGUGAGUUUUUUAAAGUAGCAGUUGGCUAGCUUUUUCGGAGACUUUGAACAGAACUCUCGUUCCUGUGCUCCCUCUAAUGAAGUAUUCUGUUCCUAGUCGUGGGUGUGCUAGGUGGAGUGUGCAAGACACGACACGAUCAAAGGAUGAAGACAGUAUUUUGACUAAUAACGAAGUGGAGAUUACACUACAUUGUACAUGGAAUAAUUAACUGAAUAAAAGUGUCACGGGUAAAGAUUUUUAAGGGUUAAUUUUCUGUCAAACACAGUAGACUCGGAAGAAAGGUCGUCUUCUCAGUGUCUUUCCCUGAGCUUGUCCUCUCCCCACACUUAGCGCCCCUCCGCACAUUGGGCAUUGGACUCUUCUUUGAGCUGCUCAUUCCCACGGUUGCUAAUGUAGUGCUUCCCUUCUAGACCCCUUCUUAAUGAGCAAUAUGCUGCCUCCUCGUGCUCUGAGAUCUUUCUGAUAAUGCAUUAGAGGUUCUUUCUUUCUUUCUUUCUUUCUUUCUUUCUUUCUUUCUUUCUUUCUUUCUUUCUUUCUUUUUUUUUGGUUGAUUAGUUAAAGUGCAUUCCUGUUUUCCCAUUACUUUAUUCGAAGCUAGUAAACGCUUUCCUUAGUUUUCUAGUACCUAGGUGUAAAAGUCAUGUGUUGCAGCUUUACAGUUUUUAAACUAUUUUAGAUAUUCUUAAAACUAAAAGUCUCCUUAACAUCACUGUCUUGCCAGAGUACCAACACUGUCACAUGACUAGUACUGCCCCUCCUCACCUCCCCCUGGGCCGAGAGCUUCCUGUCCUGCUUUGCCUAACGUGGGUCUGUGGUUCUGUCAGCGCUCUGCUAACGAUGUUCUGUACUCCCUAACUCACUGGCAAGAACAGCCUGUCGGACCUUUCAACCACUAGAACAAAAUUUUUUAAAUUGACAGUUGCAGAAUUGUGGAGUGUUUUUACAUUGAUCUUUUGCUAAUGCAAUUAGCAGUAUGUUUUGCAUGUAUGACUUAAUAAAUCCUUGAAUCAUA